AGCCAGUCGAUUACACACAAACGCUCUUACACACAAACACAGUAUACAUGAAAUGAUUAUGAUUAAUGCGGUCGCGUUAAAAACAUUGCACAAGCGGUGGACUUAAAACACAAUGAGUCUGAGUUUUUUGGUUUGAACAGAGAGUUCAUGGUGUCAAGCUGUGUUUUGUACUUCGCGCUAGCUUGUUAGCUCGUGGUUUGUUUGACAGAAAAUCAGAAGACCAACGUUAACUUAAAUUCGGUGGGGUUAAAUUUCGUUUUAGCCCCAACAAACCACAAGACAAGCGUUAAACCUUUGAUAUUUCCUCAGACAGAGGUAUAAUAUUACUUGGCUAGCUCAUUUUAAUGCAUUCGGUCAUUAUAACAUGUAUUUGUGUGUCUUCUGUGAAGUUGUCCUUUAUAAAUGUAACUGUUGAACAGCAAUAAUGACCUGUCAGUUUCAGAUAAACCUCAGUUUUAGAUUAAUCUAAUGGGUCUACCAUCAGUUAUGGCGUAUCGUUAGUGUCACUUCUGUGGUUCAGAUCUCAGUCUGUUGAUAGUUUGAGGCGGUUGACAGGAGGAAAUCCACUACCCGUGUGUCAAAAAGGGACUUUUCUGUCUUGAGCCACACAAGCAAGCGACUAUAUUUUUGAGUUUUGAGCUCAUAUUCAGGAUGGCAAAGCAUCAGUCCGGCAAUGGAGUGCAACGGAAGGACAGCAGGAGUCUGGCCGAGCAUGAGAGAUCCUCUCUGGACUCGGACUCUGGGCUCAACGGCUUGGCCAACACUGAGAUCCAGACGGACAAAUAUGGAUUCAUUGGAGGAGCUCAGCAGAACUCAGGAGAAAAUGAUAACCUUCCCCCAGAGGUGCUCCGACAGAGAGAAGCCAAAUGGCUGGAUAUGCUCAACAGCUGGGACAAGUGGAUGGCCAAGAAACACAAGAAGGUAAAGUUGCGUUGUCAGAAGGGCAUUCCUCCAUCACUCAGAGGUCGUGCUUGGCUUUAUCUUUCCGGUGGGAAAGUGAAGAAGGAACAGAAUCAGGGCAAAUUUCAGGAGUUGGACAUUCAGCCUGGAGAUCCUAUGUGGCUGGAUGUGAUAGAGAAAGACCUCCACAGACAAUUUCCAUUCCACGAGAUGUUUGUAGCUCGAGGAGGCCACGGGCAGCAAGAUCUGUUCCGUGUACUGAAAGCAUACACACUGCACAGGCCAGAAGAGGGGUACUGUCAGGCUCAGGCACCUAUAGCUGCUGUGCUGCUCAUGCACAUGCCCGCUGAGGAUGCGUUCUGGGGUCUGGUCCAGAUCUGUGAGAAGUAUCUACCCGGAUACUACAGCACAGGCCUGGAGGCCAUCCAGUUAGACGGUGAGAUCCUGUUUGCUCUGCUUAAGCGGGUGUCGCUAGUGGCCUACAGGCACCUGAAGAAGCAUAAGAUUGACCCUGUCCUCUACAUGACUGAAUGGUUCAUGUGUGCCUUCUCUAGAACGCUGCCGUGGUCUUCCGUCCUGCGCGUUUGGGACAUGUUCUUCUGCGAAGGAGUGAAGAUCAUCUUCCGUGUGGGUCUGGUGCUGCUGAAAUGCAUGCUGGGAACAAAUGAGAAACUGAAGUUGUAUCAGGGCCAGUAUGAGACAAUGGAGCUGCUCAGAUCUAUUGAACCACGAUACAUGCUGGAGACUUUCCUAAUGCAAGAGGUCAUUGAAUUGCCCGUUUCUGAGCGAGACAUCGAGAAGGAGCACAUCUCACAACUCCGCCGCUGGAAGGAGUCUCGUGGAGAGCUGCACUGUAAAUCCCCACCCAGAAUGCACGGCGCCAAAGCCAUCAUGGCUGCCGAGCCGCCAAGCCGCCAGGACCUAAAACAAAACCCCACAAUCAUCGUGGAUCUGCCACAGGCCUCAGAGAGCCAUGCAGAGGAAGAGAAAAAGACCAAAAAGAGAAAAAACAAGAAGAAAAAUGACACAAACAACAUUUCACCCCUUAAUCCGUACUCGUUACAGAGUGACAGCCUGUCACCCGAAUCACAGCACCUGCACAAAGACACACUUCUGCUGGGCUCCAAUCAGAGUCUCAGUAGUGCAGAGCACGACACUUACCUAUAAACCGUUGAUGAGAAAUUGGGAACCAUGAAUGUGCUUGUGCGAACCGUUGAAUGUUUACUGACGGUGUUUUGAAGAGGGUGCUGCGUCCCCACUCUCAGGUCUUUGCAUCACACGGAGUAUAUGACUUGACUGGACCAAAACAAUACUUGUGGGAACAAUCACAUAGGAACUUUUCAUUUUAUUUACACCAUGAAGUUUCCAAGUGUGUUUACAUGAUUUAUGUGUUUGCGUAUGUUUGGAAUAGCCAAGACCAACUCUCAGAUCUCCAAAUAACAUGUAUAAGCUGUGCUGGAGGCAGAACGUUCAUAUGGUUCCAAGUUCAGCCCUCAAAAUAUCACUAUGUGAUAAUCAGGAAGAAUUGAAUCUGCUUGAUCCUGUACAACACCUAAACCUUUUCUAAACGGUUCUCAUGUGCUUUAAACUAUACUUCUGGUUCCUGCUAGAUGGUACAAAGUGGAAAUUUAAAGGAAUAGUUCACCCAAAAAUGAACAUUAUAUCAUUUAACUCACUUUUGUCUAUGGUAGUGGGGUAAGUUUGGCAGUAUAAAUCACCAUUCACUUUCCUUUUGUGUUCAUGAAAGAAAGAACAAUUCUGGGUCAGGAAUUAUGACGGCAUUGUGUUAAAUGGUGACAAAAUGUGCAGUUUUGGCUCAGCUAUUCCUUUAAGUACAUAAAAUAUAUUUUUAAUAGCUUUGAGUUAGAGAAGUAGAAGAUAUUGGGUCUAUGCCUGGCAAGGAAUUUGUUUUCUGUUUAAAAUGUUAAUGUGACUGCCCUCAAUCCAAUUGCUGUUCACCUUCUUGACCACCAAGGGGCUCCAUUGAGCUAUUUUACACAGAAUUGAGAUCUGAAACAGGUCGCUGUUUAUCACAUGAGCACAUAUUGCUGCUCUGUCACAUUUUUUAGGUUUAUGCUCUGACAUCAUUGGAAUCUGUCCUCUUGUUUCAGAAUGACACUAAUAAUUAUGUUUGUUAUGUAAAACAGAAACACGACUUAAAUGAAAGGCGUAGACGUAUAUCCCCACGUUAAAAACAUAAAUCUAUUUACACUUUGUGCAAUAUUGUCAUAAAUUAACAUAUAUUACUCAGAAUUUAGCUCUUUAAUAGUACAUUUUCAUUCCUUGCAAAUGUGAGACACAUUGCAGAUAUGCAGAAUCAGUCUAUGAGUUAAAUGUUUUAGAAAUGUAACAUUUAAAAAGGCCAAUUAAAGGACCAAACUUAACCUCCAUUAUAACAAAUCCUGUGUGUAUACCUAUAUGUGUAGGUAAGAAUUAUUGUCAUGACCUGUUUUUUGUUUAUUUAAGAGCCAAUGGGAUAUUCUGUGGAAAUUGCUUUUUAUAUGUGUGCUUGACAGCUAAAUAUGAUUUUGACCAUCAUAUUCUUGACUGAGGGAUUGAUUUGCUAAUUGUUUUGACAUUUCCAUCUCAAUUAGCUAAAACUGAAGGGAUUCUGUAAUGAUCAAAAUCAUUUACCCUUUUAUUGGGAGAAGAAAAUAUAUAUUUGUCUAGGGAUGUAAAAAGCAUAGCCAAGGCAAUUUUAACACUAUGUUGCAUAGAGACAUUUUAUUCUCUUCUUGCUCUGGCUUCCUGUAAAUACUGAUAUUAUAAAGAUACAUAUAUUUAUGAACAUUUAUGGGAGGAUUUGCUGUGUAUGCAAUAUUUGUUGAGGUGUAUGUUAUUGCUGUUAGUCUUUGCUUUUUCUUUUUUUUAGGGCAUUUUGGAAGGAAUUGAUUAUUUGGUAAGCUGUCAUUGAUGUCUUUCUCUCAUCAGAUGUUAAGUCAGUUAGCAUGCAUGUUGUAUGACAACUACAGUAUCCCCAAAAAGUAUUUGGACACUUAAAGUGGCAAGUGGCAUUCAUUUUAAAGAAAGAUGGCACACAAAUUUAAAUGUUUAUAUUUUCAAGUGUCGAAACACUUUUUGGCUCCAAAUUGAGGUUGAGAGGGCUUGUAUAUUCAAUACAAAUACGAUAGUGUAAUAAAGCUGUAUUGCACGUUUAGUGAGUGAUGUAAACCUAUUCAUGGCAAUUAUAAGUUUUAUGUUUUGAGUCACUGAAAUGAAAGAGCAAAAGUUACAUUCCAGCAUUGUUUUUGGAGAAUCAACCUUGCCCAAAGUCUGGUCUUUCUGUCAGAAUAUAUAUUUUAAUAUGGUCACUGUGUCAAAAAACAUCUGUCUCUUUAAGAACUAAAGUUGUUUUCAAUAUUACUUUCUAAUUUUCCACAGUCAAAAUAUAAAUGACAUCUUUCUGUAUGCAAAGGACAUUUUUCAGCGAAAUCCUGAUUUUCACGAUUAAAUUUGAUAC